AUGUCUAUAUCCAAUGAAGCUCUGCAGAAGCUGGCGCUCGAGAUCGAGACCCAGGCCAUUGCAGCACAGCAGCAGAUUGGCAUGGUCCGAAGCCAAAUAGCAGGCAAGCAGCGAGAGCAACGUCUACUCCGGUUAACGAUGAGCGAGCUGCAGAGCUUUGCAAGCAACUCAGUCGUUUACGAGGGCGUGGGGAAGAUGUUUGUUUCUCUUCCCCCCAAUACCCUGAACGAGAAAUUACAGCGCCAGAUGCAGGAUCUUGAUGGGGAUGUUGAUAAACUGAACCAAAGAUUGUUGUAUCUCGAGACAACCCAGAAGAAUAGCCGAGAGCAUAUUGAAAAGAUACUACGUGCCAAUUAA